AUGGGAGACAAGCUGCCGGAGCCUCACGCCAGCUCUUCCCCUGCUGUGGCUGCCAGCUCGGAGGCGGAAGAAAUCGAGGUGCUGGACUCUGAGGAUGUCCUACCUAUGGCCGCAGAGGAUCACUGGAAAGUCCUAUUUGAUCAGUUCGAUCCUGACAACACUGGCUACAUCAGCACUGAGAAGUUCCGCUCCCUGCUCCAGAGACACGGCUCAGAGCUGGACCCUCACAAGCUGGAGGUCUUGCUGGCCCUGGCAGACAGCAACUCUGAAGGGAGGAUCUGCUACCAGGACUUCGUCAACCUGAUGAGCAACAAAAGGUCAAACAGCUUCCGCCAGGCCAUCCUGCAGGGCAACAGGAGGCUGUGCAGCAAGGCGCUGCUGGAGGAGACGGGGCUGAGCCUGGCGCAGAGGCUGAUCCGGCACGUGGCCUACGAGACCCUGCCGCGAGAGAUCGACCGCAAGUGGUACUACGACAGCUACACCUGCUGCCCCCCACCCUGGUUCAUGAUCACCAUCACUAUUGUGGAGGUUGCCUUUUUUCUUUACAAUGGAGUGGUAUUGGACAGAUUUGUGCUGCAAGUCAGCCAUCCCUUGUACCUGAAGAAUGCACUGCUUUACCAUCCUCAGCUCCGUGCUCAGGCUUGGAGGUACCUAACCUACAUAUUCAUGCAUGCAGGGAUAGAACACCUGGGACUCAAUGUUGUCCUUCAGCUCUUGGUUGGGGUUCCUCUGGAAAUGGUGCAUGGAGCUGCGAGGAUCAGCUUUGUGUACGUUGCUGGAGUUGUGGCAGGGUCCCUGGCAGUGUCAGUAGCUGAUAUGACUGCACCUGUGGUGGGCUCCUCUGGAGGUGUGUAUGCCCUUGUCUCAGCUCACUUGGCCAACAUAGUCAUGAACUGGUCGGGAAUGAAGUGCCAAUUCAAACUGCUGCGCAUGGCUGUUGCCUUGAUCUGUAUGAGCUUUGAAUUUGGAAGAGCUGUGUGGUUGCGAUUCCACCCCUCCGCUUACCCACCAUGCCCUCACCCCAGCUUCAUGGCUCACCUGGGAGGAGUGAUGGUUGGAAUCACCCUUGGUGUCAUCAUCCUGAGGAACUAUGAGCAGAGACUCCAAGAUCAGACUUUAUGGUGGAUCUUCCUUUCUAUUUAUGUCAUUUUUGUCCUGUUUGCCAUCUUCUGGAAUAUUUUUGCCUACAGCCUGUUGGAUCUAAAGCUACCUCCCCCUCCUUGAGAGCAUGGGACAGAGAACUCAAGAGCAGAAGUCAUCCGUCAGCUGUGUUAAGUGAGUGAAGAUGGAGGAUCUAUUUUUAUACUUAACUUAAGGGAGGGUGAUUCUUUUGAACACAGGCAUGUGCUGGAGGAGAUGCUUAAAGAUCUCAUGAAGGAACAGGCUGAGCAGUUUGUUCACAAAUCUUGCAGGUAAUGCUGGCUGGCCUGGACCCUGCAGUUUCUCCACUGCCAGGGCUCCCACUGGGCAGCCUCUACCCGGGCACUUAUCACUUGGUUUGUUAGCACACAUCAAUGUUUUAUAUGAGAUAUUUGUACAUUCCAGGGCAGUGCUGGAAUUAGGGUCAGUUGGUGAACAAAUCUCAAUGUUGAUGAACACUGAAAGGGAAAUAAGAGCAGACAUUUACUAAUUAGGGACUCACAUGGUACUCACAAGGCAGCUUGGGUUUGGUUUCUACGAACACAUCUGACUGUUCAGCCACACCAGUGCCACUAUCUAAUUACUUGAAUGGCUCCUAAGAUAUUUUAGCCUAUGGUGAAACCUGUCUUAUGCACCUUUCAAAGGAUUCAGCAGAACUUGAUCAUCUGGAGUGGUGGAGACUGGUUUUCAUCUACAGGUCAAAUGAAAUUGCACUAUAAACCUUAGGAACUCAGAGUGUUGUGGACACCCAGCCAGAGGGGACUUUUAGCGUGCAUGUUUCACUUGAUUUUAGUUAAUUAUUGCCCCCACACCCAGCCUGCUGUGGCUAGAGGGAGUGGCUGAGGUUUUCUUUUUGAGGGAUGGAGAAAAGGAAGGCAAAUGUUCCGUUGUGUUUUUAUCAGCUGACAAUCAGGUGCUGUUUUCUUCUCACUUUGGCCACACUAAUCUAACACCUGCCCUGCAGUGAGCUCCUAGUAAGGAGCUCAACUCUUCCAGCAAGUUCUGACUAGACAAGUGGGAUCAGGAUCACCCAUAGCAGUGUGGGGUGGGAACCAUUCAGUCUUUACAGCCAUAACGUCCAUUUGGGGCUAAAUCUGUCCACUGCAGUCAGUGGAGUUGAGUCAGGUGUUAGGUAGUGGAAGGUGUUACAGUGAAUAAUGUGAAACUGAGAAAGCUGCUUGGAAGGUGAGUGAUGAAUUCUGAGGAUGCCUCUUCCUCAGGCAAUGGACAUUCAGGGGCUCCAAGGAACAGCUGGCUGCAGUGCUGCCUUUUUCUCUAACACAGGUCAAGCCCAUAUUGUAGCAAUCUGUAACUGGUCUGUAGCACAGUCCAUGCAGUUGCCUGCAUAGCCCUGGGGACUGGACCUCUAGCACAAGCAGUGCUUCUGGGUGCUUUCUCUGUAAGGUGCUUAGGUCAUUUCUCUUCUCACUUCAGAGAGCUGCCAAACUACAGUCGAGAAAUGUGGGUCUCCUCCUUUUCUCUCCUCUUUACCCACCUAGUUUUUGA